UUCCAAUCACCACAACUCCAACAAUCAAAUCACUUUACUUCUUUUCGACAUCCUUUUACAUUCCACAUAAAGUAAUCAUGGAGUUCUCCUUGUCCUUCCAACGCUCACUUCCAUUUCUGGGCUUAGCUUUUGUGGUCCUCAUCUUGCCUGUUUAUGGGCAGGUGGCUACGCCCUGCACGGCUUCACUGAUUUCUAGCUUCAGCCCUUGUAUGAAUUUCCUGACGAAUAGUACCACCAAUGGUACUUCGCCGACUGCCGAUUGUUGCAAUGCACUCAAGUCGCUUACAAGUAAUAGCAUGGACUGUACCUGCCUCAUUGUAACAGGAAAUAUCCCACUCCAGCUACCCAUCAACCGAACCUUGGCCAUCUCUCUCCCCCGAGCUUGUAACAUGCCUGGUGUCCCUCUUCAAUGCAAAUCCACUGGUGCACCUAUUCCUGCUCCAGGUCCUUCCUCAUUUGGAGCACCACCAUCUGCAAGUCCAACAGGUACUGUUGUUCCUGAGCCUACACCAUCUGCUACAGCACCAGAAUCAGACACAACACCAACAUUAACUCCACCAUCGACAGAUGUGGAUCCUACAGCCCCCACUGUGACUCCGGGGAGCCGUCCUGUUCUGACUCCACCAUCAGCUGCCAUGCCCUCCUAUAAUUUCUCACCAUCUCUUCUGCUAUUUGCAGUAGGAUUUUUAAUUAUGAAGUACUACUAGGUCUCUGCCUUUGCAGCUCCUUUUAUGUACUUAAAACAUUGAGAAAUAUUCUUUUGGUGUGUGAUUAUUGUUUGGGCUAGCUCAAAUUCCAUAUUGAGUGAUUAUUUAUUAAAUAUGCUUGUAGUUUUGUUACAUUGCUUGUAAGUAUGAUCUGAAAUAGUUAUCUAUUUAUUUUAUAUAUGAAGAAGCUUUUUUA